CUUUUCACAUGCACGAUCACACGGCAUGAUCAGCUUUAUAUUUAGUGGAAAUCCACCUCAUUAUGUUGUCCCCAGCAAAUUCGAUUAUUGCAAGCACGCGAAAGCACAGCCCAUUUCCAACGAGGUAGUUGCUCGCCGUCGUCUUCCGCGGCUGGAACAUGGACCCGCGGAGCGCCUUCUGCCCGGCCACGAGGACGUUCCGCAGCCUGCGCCCGCCGAUCCCGCUCCCGCCGGCGGACGCGCCCGUCUCCUUCCCGUCCUUCGCGCUGUCCCGCCUCCCCUCCCCGCUCCCCGCGCACCCGGCCUUCCUCGACGCGUCCACCGGCGCCGCGCUCUCGUUCCCGGCGCUCCUCGCCCGCGUCCGCUCCCUCGCCGCGGCACUGCGCGGCGCGCUCGGCGUCGCCAAGGGCGAUGUCGCGCUCGUCCUCGCGCCGCCCAGCCUCGACGUCCCCGUGGUGUACCUCGCGGUGCUGUCCAUCGGCGCCAUCGUCUCGCCGGUCAGCCCGCUGUCCACCGCCGCCGACGUCGCCCGCGCCGUCGGCCUGUGCAACCCGUCCGUCGUCUUCGCUACCGCCGCCACCGUAGGCAAGGUCCCCGCGGCCCGGAAGAUGACCGUCGUUCUGCUCGACUCGCCGCAGUUCGAGUCCUUCCUCCACGGCCACGAACUGGCGUGGGCAGACGAGCUACCACCACCACCGGUCGAGGUGCGGCAGUCCGACGUGGCGGUCAUCAGCUACUCAUCGGGGACGACGGGGCGGACGAAGGCGGUGGCGCAGUCGCACCGGCGCCUCAUGGCGUCGUCGCUGCAGGUCCCCGCGGCGCGGCCGCGGGCGCCCGGCGGCGGGCACGUGGUGACGCUCCUGGGCGUGCCCAUGUUCCACUCGUACGGCUUGCACAUGCUGAUGCGCGGGGUCGUGACGGCCGAGACGACGGCCGUGGUCACCGCGCCGCCCCGGGGCGGCGGCGCGGCGGCCGUGCUGGCCGCGGCGGCCAGGUGCGGGGCCACGCGUAUGUUCGUGGCGCCGCCGGUGGUGGUGGCCAUGCAGCGGGGAGGCAUCGGCCCGGAGGGGUUCCCGGAUCUUGUCCGGGUCGACUGCGGCGGCGCGCCGCUGAGCCCCGCGGCGGCGUCGGCGUUCCACGAAAGGUUCCCCGACGUCGAGCUGUCAUUGGCAUUGGGCUCAACCGAGGGUGGUCUGAUAUCAAACAUGGCUGGUCAUCAAGAAUGUCAUCGUAUAAAAUCAACUGGUCGACUAUGUAGCGGUGUUGAAGCCAAAGUUGUUGACAUCGAUAGUGGCGAACUCCUACCAAUCAAUGAGCAAGGAGAGUUAUGUAUCCGCGGCCCAGGUGUCAUGCUAGGAUAUGUUGGAGGUAAUGAGACAAGAACUUGUGCAUUUGAUUCUAAUGGCUGGCUUAAAACUGGUGACCUAUGCUAUUUUGAUGAAGAUUGCUUCCUUUACAUAGUUGAUAGACUAAAGGAUCUGAUUAAGUACAAGGCAUAUCAGAUUGCACCAGCAGAGUUAGAGGAUGUGCUACAUUUGAUUCCUGGAAUAUUCGACGCUGCAGUUAUCCCAUACCCGGAUGAAGAAGCAGGACAAAUACCAGUUGCAUUUGUUGCAAGACAAAAGGGUAGCAACAACCUUACAGAAGACCAAGUAAUGGAAUUUGUUGCCCAUCAGGUUGCCCCUUACAAGAAGAUACGGAGAGUUGUUUUUGUUGAUUCAAUACCACGGUUGCCAUCUGGCAAGUUGCUGAGGCGCGAGCUGCUGCGUAAACAUAGCACGCUUCCUAAAAGUAACAGCCGGUUGUAACACAUGGGCUGCCACUGGAGAUUUGAGAAAAAUGUCAUAUUAUACAGUAUUGAAAUGGAUGUUUUCAUCCCAUAGUAUCCUUGUCCUUAGUAUGUAUUCGCUUUUGUAGCAUCCUGAAGAUAGUAGUUUUGAAGAUGUAAUUGUUAAGCCAGGAGAUUCAUUUCGCAGCAACGCGCUCUUGCUGGAGCACCGUGUGGACGCCUGCUCUACGCGGGACGGCAGGGUGCGUGAUGCAACCGGACGCCGCCUUCUCCUCCGCGCACGCUGCUGCGAACCUGUGACGGCGCAACGUGCAUGGCGAUUGAGGGUUCAUGGGCUCAUGGCCUGCCCCUCGGCGUCCGAGCUCGCCGCGUCGUGGGGACUCAACCUCUGCAACGACGGCCGCCUCCAACGGUGGCACGCGGCGGUUCGGAGUGGCAUCGUGCGACCAGCCCAUGGAGUGAUGGAGAAUUAGAUAGCAGUGAGCUACCAGAUGGAUGAUAGAGCGAUGUCUGUCGCAUCCACUAACUGCAAGGCUGCAACAUGUUCGACAAAAUGUCUAUUUACGUUACCACUGUCCAUUUCCCAUCCAAUGAUCCUGAUAUAUUUCUGUUUGCA